AUGGAUGACCUGAAAGUGGAGCUGUCCCAGCUGCAUGUCUCCAAAGUGACAGGCAGUGCAGCAUCCAAACUCUAUAAGAUUCGAGUUGUUUGCAAAUCUAUUGCCUGUGUUCUCGCUGCCGUUAACCAGACUCAGAAAGAGAACCUCAGGAAAUUCUACAAGGGCAAGAAGUACAAACCCCUGGAACUUCAGCCCAAGAAAAUAUGUACUAUGCACUGCCAGCUCAACAAGCGUGAGGAGAACCUGAAGACCAAGCAGCAGCAAUGGAAGUAA